AUGAACUUUGGCGAGAAGCUUAUCAGCGAUCUUGAAACGCAACGUCGCUCGCCGACAGAGUCGAUUUAUCUCGCCGCAGUACAGUUGGACAAGGAUUUGCUUUCUGACGCGCUGGAGCCAGAUUGCGAUCCGUGGAUGAUUCGUGCUGCUGUAUCCGGCGCCGUCUCCUGCUUUACCUAUAUCCAGAACCAGCAUCUCUACGUAGGAAACAUCGGCGACGCAGCCGGCCUACUCAUCCAACAAGCUGGCGACAAAAAGUGGAUCCCGAAGAAAAUGAGCUCGGUCCACAGCGGCCAGAAUCAGCGCGAAGUCCAGCGAGUGCUCUCCAAUCAUCCAAAGAACGAAUCCCGAUCGGUGCUACGAAAUCAACGACUUCUUGGAUAUUUGAGCCCUCUUCGCGCUUUUGGCGACUGCAGAUUCAAAAUGACGCUAUCAGAACUUACCUCGAUUGAAGACCGCAACCUUGAUUUGGACAAUGAUGGUCAGCCAGACAAACUUGUUUUACCUUUUUACCGAACACCGCCUUACCUCUCUGCAAAACCUCAGAUUCGUUAUCAUCGCCUUGGCGUCACAGAUCGCGCAAUCGUUCUCGCCAGCGAUGGUCUUUGGGACGUUCUAGGGCACGCUGAUGUUGCUCACCUUAUUGGAGCGUAUCUUGAGCGCGAUCCAGAAGUUUUUGAAGCAAAUGCUGCUACGAUGUUAAUAAGAAGAGCCAUUGGAGAAGGAUGGGAUGGAUAUGACGAGAUAGAAGUCCGCCGCAGCUUGGCUCACUCGCCCGAAGAAAGUCGAAUGUACCGUGACGACAUAACAGUCCAAGUCCUCUUCCUGUGA